UCGCGGUUUGAAGCGGUCGUACGAUAAGGCAGUCGUACGACGACCGGUCGAUGGGUUGGUUGGUUGGUCUGGUCGCUUCUGGUUCCCGUCUUCUGGCCAUGUCGCAGCACAGUCACUCGGAUAUGGAAUACUGGCAGGUGUUCUUCCGGCUCUAUCGGGAAAUGCCGGAAUUAUGGAUGGUGCGAAGUAAAGAGUAUCGGGAUCGUAAACGACGCGACUCCGCCUACGGGCGUUUGUUGGAAUUUUUACAGAAAUUCGAUCCAAAUGCGAAUAUUCAUACUUUAAAGAGAAAGAUUAAUAAUUUUCGUACCUCGUACCGUCGGGAGUUACGAAAGGUCCUUAAAAGUCACGGGACUUAUAUGCCAUCGUUGUGGUAUUUCAAGGAAUUCGAUUUCUUAUACGAACUGGAAACGGAUGAGAUCCAAACGGAUUUGGAGAGAUCAAGAGUUACGGGAUUACAGAAUCAGAGCUAUACGAGGAUACACUCGAUAAAGGACGUAAAGUAUCAUCCGCAGGAGUCCAUAUAUCAUUACGAUGGAAAUCCGGACGAACAGGUUCAAAUAGCAAGUGAUCCGGAUGAUGAUGACCUUUUCCAGGACAGCUUUCCCAUUGAAGAGGAUGCAUUGGGGAUGGAGGGCGGUGUUAGUGAAGUUGAUCACGAUCCGGAUCAUGAAGUUGAUCCCGAACCGGACCCGGACCCGGAAUCCGAAUCAGGACCUGGAAAAAUGGACAAUUAUCCGAAUACAUCGUCUGUUAAUAUCAAGAGUAGUCCGUAUUCGUCGCAUCAUCGCCGGAUAGCGGACAAGUCCGUCCGGAUAGCGCCAAGAAUCCGGAGGCAUAGCAGCAACGAUAGCGAUUACGGUGAAAACGAUGCGAAACGUGGCAGAUCCGAAGACAUUCCGACGGAAAGAGAGCGCGAAAGGGCAAGAGAAAGGGUCAGGGAUCGUGAAAGGGAUAGAGAGAGGGAGAGAGAGAGAGAGUGUGAGAACGAGUGCGAUCUUAUCGGUAAACGGAUGGCCGCCCACUUCCGGAAUAUGCGUCCGGAUCAGCGACUCUACGCCGAGCGGAUCAUCAGCGAAGUGCUAGUCUACGGCCGUAUGAAUCGCCUCACAAUGGACGCCCGCUUUCAUCCCGGAAAAUAAUCUAUUAGUAUUAAUUAUUAUUCAUUAAUUAUACUAUUAAUUAUAUUAUUAACUGUACUUUCAAAAGUGUUUCCUAAACAAAUUUUUUGUCUUUUUAAAUGUUUCAAAUAUAUUUUUUUUAAAAAUUCAUUAAAAAAUAAAGAAUUAUUUUGCAGAA